AUGAGUCGCAGCCCUGAAAGGAUCUCGUCCUAUCGCCGCCAUUUUGAGGACGCCUGCACCUCUUCUUUCCAGGUGAGGGUAAGCAGCCCCUCUCCCAUCAGACGGGAUGUCAGAACAAGCCGUUCAGCCAGCUAUUCCCGUUAUCCCACCGCUGUCAGCAGUAACAUGGCAGUUGGCCGAAGGACCAUCUCAUCUUCACGCAGCCGGUCCCUCAUGACUGGUGUCGGAAAGGGUGCCAUUUGUGUCCUUGGAGGCGGUUCAGUGGUCGAUAUCGACCAAGCUGCUGCAGAAAACCGUGAAUUCCUCAGCACACGAACCAGUGAGAGACAAGAGAUGGUUUUGCUCAACGAUCGACUGGCAGCAUACAUUGAGAAGGUCCGAUCCCUGGAGCAGCAAAACAAAUUGUUGGAGACGGAAAUUGAGGCCCUCCAGAAUCGAUUCUUGAAGCCCACCGGCCUCCGCUUGUUAUACGAGGAGCAACUCAAGGAACUGAAGAGGCUGGCUGACCAAAUGAGAGUGCAGCGGGACCUUGCUUUUGCUGCGAAAGAUGCUAUGGCGGGUCAUCUGGAGAUUAUGAAGGUUAAAUAUGAAGAGGCUGUAGAGAUGAGGAAGAAAGCCGAGCUUGAAAUUGAAGCUUUCCGUCCGGACGUGGACGCCGCCACUUCCGCGCGCAUUGCUUUGGAGAAGCAGUUGGAAAACUUGGAAGUGGAACUUGAAUUCCUCCAAAGAGUACACAGUGAGGAAAUCGACGAUCUUAUGAAACAGAUUUACGCAACCCACGCCACAGCCGGAGACACCUACAGCCUUCCCGACCUCUCAGCCGCUCUUAAGCAGAUCCAACACCAGUAUGAUGACAUUGCCGCAAAGAAUUUACAGGAAAUGGAUUCAUGGUACACAACUAAAUUCGACGACCUCAACAACAAAACGACAAAAACUGUGGACAAGGUUCGAAGCGUCAGAGAGGAAAUUGUCAAUUCAAAGAAGGACAUUAAAAAUAAAGAACGUGACUUGGAGUCUUUGAAGACCAAAAACGAGGCUUUGGAAGCACAGAUCCGUGAGACUCAGGAGAAGUACAGAAAAGAACUAGAAGAACUCCAGGCAAGGAUUGAGGCCCUGCAGAUUGAGCUCAAAUCCUCCAAGGAAAGGACAGCUCUACUCCUGCGUGAAUACCAAGAUUUGCUCAAUGUUAAAAUGGGCCUUGAGAUUGAAAUUACCACAUACAGGAAGCUUAUUGAGGGUGAGGACUCUCGAUUGAGUACAAUGGUACAGAGCAUGCAGACCAUGUCCCUUAUGAGUGGCAUCCACAGUGCUGGAGCUGCUGGCAUUGCAGGUGCCAUGGGUGCUGGAGCUGGAGAUGGAGUGGGCAGAGGUCUUGGCAGAGGUCUUGGUGAUGGCUUCUCUGGGGGGGUUGGGGGCCCAGGCACCACUUUUGACUACACUCAAGAGCAAGCUGUGGAGAUGACUGAGAGGAAGACUGUGCUCAUGAGAACAGUUAAAACAGAUGAUGACACACUGGAGAGCAGCACACAGGAGAAAUCUUAUUCCAUCUCUGGAGCAGCAGAUGAUGAUGAGUAGUGGUGUUUCCUGCUCGUCGAACAUGAAACAAAAUGCCUUCAGAUGUGCUAAAUCACAUAAUCUUUCUAAUGUGCAUGCAUGUGCCUU